AUGUCAAUUGCGCCACGGACAUUGGUAGCGCUCGAUGGCGUUCGCUUGUAUCAUCUCGUCGGACCUCAUCAGCUGCCGCUCCACCCUGAGCCAGGCAAGCUUGAGCUGCUCCAGAGCGAACCCUCGGCGCUAGAGGGUCGCAAGACAUCGUCACUCUUCGUUCGGAUGGACAAGCUCGUCUUCCCUCUCAACGCGCAGGGCGCCAACACCGUCAAAGGUGCUCAGACGCCCUUCUUCACUCAUGCUGAUCACACGGACACGCUGCUCUUUCCCGCGCCCCUCGCUCUCCUCGAUGCCCUGCCGGACAAUGCGACAGCUCCUGUAGCUUCCAAAUCGGGUCAAGGCAUCGCAAAGGAUCUGCAGAAGUAUGCAGCUGGUUUCAUCCGUAUUCAAUUAUCGCCAACGACCAGCAGAGAGGAUCGCGACCGACUAGAGGAUGUCCUCAUCCGGCUAGGAUUGCUCGAAACGGGCGUCGUAGCGGGUGCAGACGAAGUUGCUAGAUCGCUAUCAGAGUCUUGGUCUGCUCUUGCAUCGCGAUUGACUGCGACAACUGCUACGCAUACGUCGGAUGCGCCAGCGACCGACGCGCCUGUUUCUGUGCCUGCGUCGACCAAGUCCGCCGCCGAUACGGUGCAAGGCGGUACAGCCAGACUAGCAACGUUUGCAGGCGAAGCGCAGCAAGCGAUCACAGGCGCUGCGGUAGCCAUCGGCUCAGCCGCUACGUCGCUCGUCGCACCUGCAGACACCUCAGAGGGCAAAGAGAGCAAAGAAGCAAUCAAAGCCAGAGCGGCAGAAGCGACAGAGACAAAAGAUCUCGCUGCCGAUAGCAUUGCAGAGGAUCCGACAUUGACGGACAAGGCCAGAGAGGCAGCUUCGCGAACGGGUCAGGCCGCCUCUGUGCUAGGCUCUGGCAUCGCAGACGGCACCACAUCGCUCGCUUCGGCUGUAUCAGAUUCGACGUCUCGCUAUACAGAGCACCACUACGGCACAGAGGCUAAAGAUCUUGGUUCCAGCGUGGCUCGUUCAGGUGGCAACGUCGCGACAACUGCGGGUAACGCCGUUCUGGGAACAUCGGUUGUGGGUCAUGCCGCAGCUGCGACGUACGGUGCCACUUCGGUCGAUCCAAAGGGCGAGCGCGAGACAGAUGAAGAUAUUGAUGCAGACGGCAUGCAGUCGGUGCAGCUCUGAUGCUAUACUCGAAAUCGUACGUGUAUAUUGUUGUAGGGUAGGAGCCAGAAGCGCUUCUCGUCAUUGGCCUUCAUGUGGAUCAUUCAAGACUAUCGCACAGGCAAACAUGUGCAGUCGAGUCGCGCCUCGUGCCGCACGCGUCUUCGAUGGCUACCACAGAGUUCUG